AUGGAUGUGGCCUAUGUCCGCCGCGUCGCGAUUAGAUCAUGGAGCGUACACGCGAAUCCCACCUCUGCCAAACCCCAUUCGAAACACCACCUCGCCCAUCGACAACCACACCAUCGCUUGACACGAGCAAAUCCCGCCGACGGAUAUACGCGGAAGCCAUCUGACCACGCUAUCUCGGGCUCGAUCCUGUCUCAUCUUGGAGGAGAUCCCCACCACCUCGCCGGCAUGGCGCCGACAGCGUCCAAGAAGGGUUCCCAACCCAAAGGAAACGUCAAGAACGAGCGCCGUUCGGCCUCGCGUCAUUCCACGCCCAUCUCUGCUCCUCCAGAUACCUCCUCUCCGAUCUCACGCCUGGGCACUCCGACCACGUCAAAUCCCACGAACAGCAUGCCACCCAACACACUCUACCUGAACACACCCACCAGCGCGCUCGUCUCCUCCGAACCCAGCAUCGAAGCCCUCAUCGAAAAGGCCUGUCUGAAAGUCGCCAAGCCAGGGGACCCACCCGGCUCGCGCGAGCUUCAGCUGCUCCAGAACAAGAUCCAGCGCGGCGUCAGCGAGCUCAUGAGCAAGCGCGGAGAGAUCAGCGAUCGCGCAAUGCGUCAGCAGGUCCAGAAGCGGAAGGAACGGAUCCAGAUCGAGCAACAGAAUGAAGCGACACGUGCAGAAGAGGAGAGGAUCCGGAUCAAAAGAGAAGACGACGAGAGGCGGAAGGAGAAAAAGGCAGCGAACAAGAAACGGAGUCAUGACGAUAUGGAGUUAGAUGGCGAUGAGAAAGAGAGGAAGGACCUCAAGGAUAGCCUUCCCAGUGUUGGUGCCCAUGGUCUGGCGCGGCAGGACGGCGUGGGUCUGUCAGAUGACACCAAAGCACCGCCAUCACCACCUGUAGCCCCUGGCACCAUUAUUGAUGAUCCUAUGGACGUUGCACCCUCGCCGGCGAGCUCGGCCGACGAUGAUCAAUCGGAACCCCCGGCGACAGCACCUCUGUAUGAGAGGAUAUUCGGAAAAGAUCCGACAACCGCAGACGAUCCCAUCGUCUACGACAUACGAGAGCUACACGAUGACUUGACGGAUCAAGAGAAGCGAGACAUCAUGAAUGUCGCGAAGUGGCCCGAAAGCGAUUUACGAGACCUCACAGCUGGCGAUCCGCCCGAUGCCGAUUUCAGCAAUGCAAAGCCCUCCAAUCAGAUCAACUUUUCGACGUUUCAAACCUACAUCGAGCCCUACAUACGUCCCUUUACAGAAGAGGACGUGGCGUUCCUCAAGGAGCGCGGCGAUCGAUUCACACCAUAUGUCAUUCCCGAGCGAGGAGACAAGGGCUACCGGGAGGUGUGGGCCGCAGAAGACGGCACGACAGGCACCGAACCCGCCCGAUCCGACGCGCUGAACCCAAACGAACCUCGCGGCUGCAUGGAGGACCUCGACGACGAGAUCGCCGAGCAGGACAUUGUCAGCAUGGGGCCCGUCAUGAGCCGUCUACUCUCCAUCAUCCGACCUUCGCCGAGCAACGCCAGGAAGGACGACUCCGCCGCCAACGAAGACGCCAACGGAGACACCACCAUGACCAACGGCGACACCGCCGACGGCCCCGACCCCACCCUCCCCCUCAGUAGCAGCGCCGCCACCGACGACCACAAACCCAUCUCCUGCCUCCCCUCCGAGUUCAAGGCCCCGACCCUCCCCCAGCUCGACUACUCGAUCCUGGAGGAGCGCGCGCUGCAGGAGUUCCGGUACAUCGGGAUCAUCGGGCCGGGCGACACGCCCAACUUCGACGCGCACCUGGACGACGAGAUCUCCGCGCGGCUCCGCACGCUCCAGCACGAGCUGCGGCGGCUGGCGCGGCUCAACAACAUCCGCAAGCUGCGCCUGCUGGAGCUGACGGAGGAGCGGAUGGCGAUGCAGGAGUACGCCAACAUCGCGGACGACCUGGACAACCAGGUGAACACGGCCUACCUGAAGCGCAACCGGUCGCUGGGCAAGCCGUCGAACGGCAAGAAGGGCGGCGGGAACGCGCAGCGCGCGGGGGGCCAGAAGGGCGUGGCGAGCGCGGCGGGCGGCGGGCGCGGCGUGAGCGACGGCGUCAAGGCCCUGAUGCAGAAGCGCCGCGACUGGAUCGAGAUGGUCGGCCCCGUGGUCGCCUACGGCCGCCCGCCCAUCCCGACCGACGACGAGACCAUCUUCGACGACGCCAACGUCAAGCGGCUGGAGAAGAUCGAGAGGGAGGCCGAGGCGGGCGAGGUCGAGGGGGAUUGAUCCAGUCGGAGAUGAUUGGGAAUGAUCGGUCGGAUGGCAGGGGGGUUGUCGGCGAUUGGAAAUGGUAUUGCUUGCUCGCUUGCGCUUCCAUGGCGGAUGGAUCGGGGGAUGACGACGAUGACGAUGACGACGAUGAUGAAUUUUCUUCCAUUUCCGUGUCGAGGAACAAACAAGAGGUAUUUCAUUCGUCGUCCUCUCCGCGGAGAGAAAAAGCCCAUUUUGUUUAUUAAUCCAAAAAGGAAGAAAGAAAUAUUUCAAGACUUUUUUGGAGAAAUUUGACGAAAAAGGAAUUGUUCCUCCCACUCGUGAUCGAUCGAAUGAUCGAAAACAAAGACUCGUCGUGCAGGAAAAAGGAAAAGAAACAGGGGGAAUCUACAGACCGAAAAAAGCUGGAUCGUGGGGAAAAAGAAAGGAGACCUUUUGAUCUUCCCACAGAAGAGAGAGAGAGAGAGGGGGGGGGGGGGGGGGGGGGG